AUGUCGGAAAAAGCAAAACUGGCCAGUGGCGUCGACUCGGCGCCCGCUGAUGCCACCCCCAACAUCACCGCCGCCGCCGAUGACCAUGACCACCAUGAGACAUCCAAAACGCAUGAGCAUGUUGUUCAAGGCGCCCGUGCCGCUGCCGAGAAGGAGCACUCCAUGACCCUAUUGCAGGGAGUCAAGCUCUACCCAAAGGCCAUCUUUUUUAGUGUCGUUAUCUCGACCUGCAUCGUGAUGGAGGGUUAUGAUGUCUGUCUGAUAAACAACUUCUACGCUUUCUCUCAGUUCAAUCGCAAGUACGGAGUUCAACUCGCAGAUGGUUCCUGGGAAAUCCCGGCUGCAUGGCAAGCGGGAUUGAGCAACGGUGCAUAUUGUGGUGAAAUCAUCGGUUUAUUCAUCAAUGGCUACGUCUCUGAGCGAUUUGGGUAUCGCUACACCCUACUCGUCUGCUUGGUAUUUCUCUCUGGUUUCAUCACCCUCUUCUUCGUGGCCCAAAAUGUCCAGACGCUUCUCGCUGCCGAAAUUCUCUGUGGCAUUCCCUGGGGUAUCUUCCAGACAAUCACCAUUACCUACGCCUCAGAAGUCUGCCCCGUUGCUCUUCGUGGUUACCUCACCACGUACAUCAAUUUCUGCUGGGGAAUGGGUCAGUUGAUUGGUAUCGCAGUCAUCUUCUCCAUGCUUGACCGCCAAGACGAGUGGGCUUAUCGAAUCCCAUAUGGCCUUCAAUGGAUGUGGCCUGUCCCUCUGUUCAUCGGCAUCUACUUUGCGCCCGAGUCCCCUUGGUGGCUGGUCCGCAAGGGCCGGAUCGAGGAAGCCAAAAAAUCUCUGUUGCGCUUGACCAGCAAGAACCGAGAGACUGACUUUGACGAGAACGAGACUGUGGCUAUGAUGAUCCACACUACAGCGUUGGAGGAAAAGCUCACUGCUGGGGCAUCUUACCUCGACUGUUUUAAGGGUAUUGAUCUUCGGCGUACAGAGAUUGUGUGCAUGGUCUGGGCCAUGCAAAAUCUUAGCGGGAACGUGUUUUCCAACUACUCUACCUACUUCCUUAAGCAGGCCGGAUUGUCAGAAUACAAUUCGUACGCCUUCGCCAUGGGCCAAUAUGCAAUCAACAUGGUCGGUACGUUUGGCGCCUGGACUCUCAUGUCUUUCGGCAUUGGUCGUCGGUCUCUCUAUCUGUACGGUCUUUGUGGGCUGUGCUCGAUGCUCUUGAUCCUUGGAUUCCUUGGUCUCGUUCCAGAGUCCAACCGGGACAAGGGUGCAUUGGCCACGGGAAGUAUCAUGGUUGGCUGGGCCUUGAUUUACCAGCUGACAGUCGGCACCAUUGCCUAUUCUCUUGUGGCCGAGCUAUCGUCUCGUCGCCUCCAGAUCAAGACUGUUGUGUUGGGCCGAAAUCUCUACAAUGUUGUCGGUAUAAUCACGGGUGUCUUCACUCCCUACAUGCUCAACCCCGAUGCGUGGAACUGGUCCAAUUACGUUGGUUUCUUUUGGGGUGGCCUGUGCUUUUGCUGCAUCGUUUACACUUUCUUCCGCCUACCAGAGCCACGCGAUCGAACAUUUGCAGAGUUGGAUGUUUUGUUUGAGAAGAAGGUCCCAGCCCGCCAAUUCAACAAGACGAAGGUCGAUGUCUUCCAUGAGAGCGUCGAAGAUGACAUCAUCAAUCAAUAUGAGCAGGUCGAUCGACCGGGUGCCGCGAAGCCCGAGCUGGCAGCCUAA